AAGCCGGAGUGACGUCCAGAAGGAGGGAGCUGCUUCUCAACGUGGCCAACGAGCUGCGGCAGCGACUGCCUCCGAGAGCCUGUCAAACACAACCAACACAGCCAACAUGGCGGACUGGGACGCUGACAACUUCGAGCCGGACGAGCCGAUUAAAAAGGCGGCAGCAACGAUGGACAAAUGGGAAGGCGAAGACGAGGAGGAAGACGUUAAGGAUAAUUGGGAUGAUGAGGAUGAAGACGAGGAGAAAAAAACAGAGGUGAAGAAAACAGAGGUAAAGGUCUCUGAGAAGAAAAAGUUGAGUGAAAAGAUCAAAGAGAAGGAAAACCGGUUAAAGAAAAAGCAGCAGGAGCAGAUGGAGAGGGAGUUACAGGAUCAAGAUCUCACUCCUGAAGAUCAGCUUGCAGAGAAGCUAAGAGUGAAGAAAUUGCAGGAAGAGGCAGACUUGGAGCUAGCAAAGGAUGCUUUUGGCGUCAGCAGCUCUUCAAACUGUGUCACCGGGAUUGAUGCCAUGUGUCCCUCCUCCAAAGAAGACUUCACAGAGUUUGAGAAAAUGCUGAAAGAAAAGAUAUCCCAGUUUGAAAAAUCUGUGCACUAUUCAAGUUUCUUGGAGUCAUUGUUUCGGGAACUUUGUAUUUCAUUGGAAGUAGACGACUUGAAGAAAAUCAGUAAUUCCCUGUCAGUCCUACUUAGUGAAAAACAGAAACAGGAAAAACAAAACAAAGGGAAGAAGAAGAAGAAAGGAGUGGUACCUGGGGGUGGUUUGAAAGCACAGCUGAGAGACGACCUUGACUAUGCAGAGUUUGACGGCGGCUACGCGCAAGACUACGAGGACUUCAUGUGACACUGGCUCCAUCGCCACUGCCCUUACCCCCUCCCAACCCUCAGAAAUGCAGCUGUACCUUCUCAUGCUGUCCAGUGCCAUCCUGGAAAAUCUGAACUAUGUGUUGCCCCCUUCAUAUUGCUUCAAUGACCAGAGGGACUAAACCAGGGAGCAUCCAGUCUCACCACUCUUUAUGUUCAUACAUAUGGAAUUGCCUUUUCUGUCUCAUUCAGCCUCAAUUCUCUCACACACACACAUAACAAACCAUGGUAUCUGUUGGGUGACCCAGCUUCAAUAGCGAAUACAUUUUAACUGCUGUUGUCUGAGUUUUAUGGGGCUUGUUUUUUUUGUUUUUAAUAAAACAAUGCUCCCCUCAAAAAGACAGAUACAGUAUUGCAGUUACAAGUGUAGUGACAUAGAAACCAAGGUUCUAUGCAAAUUCUUUUUAACCAGAAUGUCAUGUGUAUAUAUUAUAGGUCUCACUUACCUGUGGAUCGUCCUCUCACAGGAAAGUGUAUAUAGUAUCUAUAACUUUGGUUGCCAAAUGCAGAACAAUUAUUCAGUACAUGAUUCAUCUUUCUCUCUGGAAAGGUUGCAUUGUAUGAGAUUUCAGACUGACGCAACAUGUAAGUAGUAGUUUGUCAUUUUACAGAGAGCACAUGACAUUCACUGUAAGAUAAAGGGGAUAGAGAAAUAUAAUAAAUGUGACUUUGCAGCCUCACAGCCAUUCUCUUGAUACAUCUCUGGAUAUCCUUGAAAAUAUGGAGCAAAGAUUGCUUAUUGGUAUUUUUUGUGCAUGACA